UUCUCUUCAACUUUUCUCUGGCAUUCAAGUUUAUCAGCUUUUGCUUGCUUCCAUAGCUAAUGGCUGGUUUUCAGGUUUUCACAGCUCUUCUCUUUGCAUUGGCUCUUGCCAGAAUUGACCCCUCAACAUGCCAAGUAGUAAAUGGCAAGGUUUCCUGCGUUGACUGCACUCAGAAUCACGAUUUAUCUGAUAUCAAGGUUUUAGUGAAGUGUGAAGGUGUGAAAAAACUUGCUUUGGCAUCUACAGAAGAUAAUGGCUUCUUCAAGGUUGAUCUUCCUUCAGACAAAACCAAACCUUCUUCUGCAGGGAACUGCCUCGCAAAGCUUGUUGGAGGGCCAGUUCAGCUUUACGCCACAAGGCAGAACCAGGUCUCCCAAAUCAUCAAGAGCCAAGAGCCAAACAGCUACACCAUCUCCACUCCUCUCAGUUUCAUGAAGUCAUGCCCCCAAAACACAAACUGUAAGGCUGCAAAGCCCGUUGGUUCAUCCAAGACCGUUGAUCUUCCUCUGCCUCCGGAGUGGGGGUUGGCACCUAGUAGCUACUAUGUGCCUUUCAUUCCCAUCAUUGGAAUACCUUGAUCAUGUGUGUCCAAAGUGAUAUAUAGAAUCCGUUUGGACGAAAAUCAAAUAGCACUUUUUGAAGUUUAUCAAGUGUUUUACUUUCUAAUAGAUAAACUUCAAUAAGCUCGAAUAACUUUGUAUCCAAACGGGUUCAUAAUCGCUUUGGUAAUAAUAUUUACAGGGAACAAUAGAUCGACUACUAUAUGGUCUUGUUUGUUACAUCUUGUUAUUAUAAAUGUAUCAUGUGUGUUGUAAAAGAAUGCCACAUUAGUAGCUGUGGUAUGUAGGGUAUGUGUAUGAAUAUAUUUGUUAGAAGGAAGUUAAUUUCCAAGCUCAAAAGCUGAUAAUACUGUAAUGGUUUGUGAACAACUUAUGUUGCAUUGUUUAUAUAUGAAGCUAAUUUUGUUGAA